AACCGGAAGCGGAAGUUACGAGUUGCAGCCCUUGGUUGAACUAUUUACUGUUUUUGACAGAACUGGGGCGUAAAAAACAGGAAAAUGAAUCGUGAAGAAGUCUGCGAUAGCUUAAUUAUAUGGAUGCAGACAUUUGAGGUAGAGGCAUCAUGUAAUUCAGCAGGAGAUCUAAGUGAUGGUGUGGCUAUGUCUCAAGUUCUUCAUCAAAUAGCUCCAGAUUAUUUCGAUGAGAGCUGGUUGACAAAGAUAAAACCUGAUGUCUCAACAAACUGGAGGCUGAAGGUCAGUAACCUUAAGAAGAUCCUUAAAGGAAUCUUAGAGUUUAAUGUGGAGAUACUUGGAAUAGAGAUACAGGAUUUCCAGAUGCCUAAUGUUAAUCACAUUGGUGAACACUGUAACACAUCAGAGCUGUCACGCUUGUUACAGUUGAUUCUAGGGUGUGCUGUAAACUGUGCUGACAAACAGGAAUAUAUACAGAGAAUUAUGUCCAUGGAGGUCUCUGUCCAACAGGUUGUAAUGAAUGCCAUACAGGAGCUGAUGAUGAAAGAAGUGUCAACCAAUGGGGAUGGGGAUUCUGAAAUGGCUGAUCAGUUGAAGAAAGCAGUUGAUGAUUUAAACUCAGCACUUGAAGACAAAGAAGACCUCACACAAAGAUGUCACGAACUAGAUGUACAGGUUGCAGGCCUACUAGAGGAGAAACAAGUUUUAUUCAGUGAGAAUGAAAGACUGCAGGAGAGGGUGAACCAGGCAGAGAACCUGGACGAACCUAGCCUGUUUCCUAGUACACCAGCAGGUAAAAGAUAUCAGCAGUUACUUCUACAGGUAGAAAAACUACAGGAAGAAAAUUUUAAGAUAGAUGCUGCAAGAGACGACUACAAGAUAAAGCUGGAAUUAAUGACAAAAGAAUUCAAUGACAUCAAACACAAAAACACAGAGUUAACAUCUAUAGCUGAGGAAGCCAGAGGAUUAAAAGAUGAAUUAGAUGUUUUACGUCAUACAUCAGAACAAGUUACAAAAUAUGAAACAAUGAUUGAAUCAUACAAGAAAAAGUUAGAUGAAAUGGGAGAUUUAAGGGUACAAGUGAAACUGUUAGAAGAGAAAAAUACAAAAUACAUGCAGGAACAACUAGAGAUGGAAGAGGAAAUGAGAAAGUCUGGUUCUAUGAAGCAACAGUUUGAUAUGUACAAACGUCAGGUCCAUGAGCUUCAGAACAAGCUGUAUGAUGAGACAAAGAGGGCUGAUAAGUCUGACUUUGAAGCUAAGAGAGCUGUAGAUAAAAUGGCAACACUACAGAGAGAAAAAGAGAGAAUAGCAACAGAAAGGGAUUCACUCAAAGAAAUGAACGACGAAAUGAAAUGUACACAGCUACAGACAUUAGAUGAUAAUGAACCAAACGAUCUAACAUCCACGCCCAGAGUGGAAAUGUUAUCCCUACCCCCAGAUAUUAAAGAGAAAAUUUUACGAUUAGAACAUGAAAACAAGAUGUUAAAAUUGCGAUCUAACAGUACUGAUGGAGGUGACAAUGACCAAGUACUACAGUCCAUGCUGGAUGACACAAACUCCAGAAAGAAUGAACUGGAAACAGAAUUAAGGAUAGCCAACCAGAAAAUAAUGGAGUUAGAAAGCCAAGUAGAGGACUUACAAGAAAAUCAAAAGACAGUUUCUAAUGAAGAAAUAAUUGUGAUGAAGAAAAAGUUGAAUGAACAGAUUCAGAGGACACAAGAAAAAGACAAUCAGUUAACUAAAAUAAAAACAGUUCAGGAUGAACAAGAAUCAAAACUCAGUGCUAACUCAGAUAAAAUACAAGAACUACAAGAUCAGUUACAUAAAAAAGAAGAUGAAAUUAAAUUGAUGGAGGCAAAAUAUAAAAAAUAUCUAGACAAGGCUAGAUGUGUUUUAAAAACUUUAGACCCUAGACAGAAUGUAGAUACUGGCCCUGAAGUCCAGGCUCUGAGGAAUCAGCUCUCAGAAAAAGAGAAAUAUAUAGAACAUAUGGAGGAAGAAAACAAGAAAUCCAGACUUAUACGAGAAGAAGAAGAGAAGUAUAUGGUAUCUUCAUGGUAUAAUUUAGGCUUUCAAUUACACAGACAAGCAACAGAAGAGCGACUUAACAACAGUACCAAUGGCAUGUCCUUCUUAGCUCGCCAACGACAAAUUAAUUCACGACGAACUCAGUCUAUACCAAAUGCUCACACGAAUUCAUCUCGAUGAAACUCUAUAGCCUUUUAAUGACAUGUGCAAUCUAUUUAUAACAUACUGUAUUUAUACCUCAUAAGAGUCAAGGUCAUAUAUUUUUGUUUUCCCUAAGGUCAUUUCAUUUUUUUCAUAGAAUAGAAGAAACUGCAUGAAACCUGCAAAGAUGACCAAUGCUUAGAUUUGUGUCAUUAACAAAUAUUUUAUUAGUUUUAACAAGUUAUCAUUAAUAAUAUAAACAUUAGGGCAAAGUUAGUUUUUUUUUGUAAUGAUAAACGCAACUGAUGUGAUUGAAUGUCUGUCAAUCACAGAGAACACUAUUGUAAUUUUAAUUGGUAUAACCAAAAAUAUUAUACCGUCAUAAGAUAUAGUUUUUAAAAGAUAUUAAAAUGAUAAUGUCUAUUUAAGUCUUAGAUACUUUUUAAGGAAACAUCAACAUUGAAUGAUAUUGUGUCAGUUUUUUUAAACCCAUUUUUUUCUUCAUUUGUAUGUCAUCUGUUAUGUAUGUCAGAUUUUGCUGUGAUUUGUUUAUACUAAACUGUUGUGAAAGUAAAAAUAUCAUUAUACAUAGAUUUAUUUUUCAAAUAUUUCUCAAAAUUCUUCAAAUGUUCAUUUGGAAGAAAUGAACAGAAGGAAGUUAGCCUCUUAUAGUUAGCUAUUACGCUUUCUCUAUAACUAUUUGAUAGGUGAAAAGUGUAGAAAAUAUUCAAUUUCAACUUUAAAAAAAAAGUAAAUAUUUGUAUUCUCUGGUUUUGGUGUUUGUAAUGUUUGAUUUAGAAUAUUAUUCAUCCUUAUUUGUCAGUUUUGUUUAUAUGUAUCAACUAUUAUUCAAUCCAUAGUAGUCAAGUGUUAAUUCAUAUGUAGCUAGAAUCUGCCUUAAUUAUAUCUUUUACAAUAUCUUAAUUUUGAACAACAAUCCUAAUCUUAAAUUGUAUGGAAAGUAUUUUAUGAUAAAAAUUCGUUUGAUAUAUGCUAUGUGUUUUAAGUGAAAAGUUAAGCUCCAUUAUUGUCACUUAUGUAACUAAAAAGACAAGACACACAUUUUAAAUACUCAGUUUAACUAAGCAAAUGUUUAAGUAUUAGCCAAGAUAUGAAUAAAAAGGUUUUUAUUUGUCAAAGUGUGUAAUAUAUUUAUAAUGAUAUUCAAUAACUGUGAUUUGCAUAUUUGUGAUAUGGACGAGAGAGAGAUAUACAUAUAUAAAACUAUAACUGCCAUCACUGUAAAUAGAUUUUCUCUAGUCAUAAAAUAUCAAAAUGGUUGUAUAGACAAGGGUUUAUGUUGUCCUAGUAGCAUAUUAAUUAGAAUUUUGCUGAUAUAUAUUUCUAUAUUUAACUUCAAAACUUAUUAUUUUAUUUUAGAAAACAUAUUUUUGUAGUCAAUUCGUCUGUGCCAACUUUGCCUCAUUUACGAAAGUCACAUAGGUAUGCUUUUUAAUUACAGAAUACCUUGCCUCUCCAGUAUGAUAGGAAAAACUAAACAUUUACUCAUUUUCACAGAAACUGGCAUGUACUUUUUGUAAAUAUUUUAAUAACAAUGACUUACCAGUAGAUAUGUUUUUGAUAUUCAUAAAGACAUAUUUAUUAUAUCAGAUACUUUCUGUUAUAUAGUUCAUGUAGCAGAUCCAAAUAAAUUCACAAAUAUUGUACAAGUAGAAGAUCCAAAUAAAAUUUCUAAAAAUGUAGCACAUGUAGCAAAUAAUUUUUAAUUAAAAGUAGAAAUGUCAGUGACAUAUGUUUUUUGUUAAAUAUAUAAAAAAAAGAUGUUUUGUUACUCAAGGACCAUUUUUAAUAAUGAUGUCGCUAAUUUUUUUGAGUAUUGAUACAUUAUUAAUACACUCAUGAUAACAUUGUGUUGUAUACAUAAGGAUGAAUCUCGAGUAGAUGUAUUUAUUUUGUCGUUUUGUAUAUACACAUAGAUCAUAUCCAACUUAUAACAAAUGGCUUAUAUUGUAAAUAACUAAAAACAUUUAUAAUCAUAUUACUAACACACUUAUCAGUAUAGAAAACAAUGCAUUUGAUAUAUUUACUAACUGCCACUAUAAAAGACUGUAUUUAUCCCAUGCUUAUAUUUAUUUAACCCCACUUAGUGCAAUGGAAUGAUAAAUUAUCAAAGUUUCAUUGAAUUCAUCUGUCCAUUUGCACUGUAUUUUAAGCAACUGCUCUAAAAUCCAGUGAUCUGAAUUUUCAAUAAAUAUUCAAUAUCUGUGUAUCACAUACUUUUCUACAUUGAGCAUUCCCCUAAGCAAAUCGUUGACUUUUCGACAUCAUUUUAUAUAUGGGUAUACAACUCUCCUUAGGAGUGAUUCCCUGUUUUUAUAGUCAAAGGGCCAAUUGCAUAUUAAAAAAAAUUCAAAUCAGAUAUAAUUGAUAUACAUCUAAAAACAUCCAAAUUUGAAUUCUACCACAUUUUUAUCUGGCUUGAAACUUCAUAUCUAUUUAUGAAGUUAUGUCUUUAGUCACAGUGGGAAAAUGGUAAGAAAAUUAAUAAAGUAAAUGCAAUGCUACAGUUAAACAAGUUUGUUGAUGCUAAGUAUAUGAGUAUGAGCAUACUCAUGCAGUAAAACUUAUAUGAUUUUGACAAUAUUUUUCCGAAAAAGGGCAUCAACUUUUAAGUUGUAUCAAAAUGACCGAAAUUAGGUGAAAAAAAAUCCUGAUCUUUGCUUCAGUGUAAUGUGUAAUAAGUUAAAAGGACAUUAUUUGCUUAUUUAAAUUCCAUCAGUUUAUUUUUGAUAAUUCAAUUGGUUCUAUCAUAGAGGUCAAUUGUUUGAAUAAAAUUUUAGAUUUUAAAAUGUCUUGAUUUGUCAUCCAUGAGAUUUGCAAGAAAACAAUAUAUUCUUUUAAACAUUGUGUUUCUUUGUUAAAAUAUUUUAAACAAACUCUUUCUAAUGCAACGUUGACAGUUUUGUAGAAAUAUAAUUUUU